GCAAAUUGCACGCGGAGGAAACGCACGCACGCGCUCGCUCUCCCUCUUUCUCUUUCUCUCUCUCGACGACUAGCCAAUGGUUUCCAUUGUAAAUGUGCAACUGCUUAAGCCAUAUCAGUGUGUAUAUCUUUUCUGUUACUAGGUUAUACUUUAAACACACCAAUUGCACGUUCAGCCGUGGCUCGGAGGCGAAAAGAACAUGGACAUAAAAGACCAAGGAGCGCAAAUGGAGCCUCUUCUUCCGCCGGUUCAGCGUCCUGCGAGCAGUGAGGGGAGAAAUGAUGAGGAGGCCGUGUUGGACAGAGGCGGCACUCGCUCCAUGCUCAAUACCAACUUUGAGAAAGAGGAGCUAGAAGGCCACCGUACUCUGUACAUUGGGGUGCAUGUCCCACUCGGUCGGAGGUCACACAGGCGACACCGUCACCAUGGACACAGUCACAGGAAGAGGUCAAGAGAGAGAGACUCGGGAACUGAGGAUGGCCGGGAAUCUCCCUCAUUCACAGACACUCCAUCUCAGAGAGUGCAGUUUUUAUUGGGGAUGGAAGAUGAGGAUGAGGAGCACAUUCCUCAUGCACUUUUCACUGAGCUGGAUGAAAUUUGUCUGAGAGAGGGAGAGGAUGCUGAGUGGAAAGAGACUGCAAGAUGGCUGAAAUUUGAGGAGGAUGUGGAAGACGGAGGGGAGAGAUGGAGUAAACCCUAUGUAGCCACACUGUCUCUGCACAGCUUGUUUGAGCUGCGCAGCUGCAUCCUCAAUGGCAUUGUCAUGCUGGACAUGAGAGCUAACUUGCUGGAGGAGAUUGCAGACAUGGUUCUCGACCAGCACGAGACGUCGGUCACUAUCGGAGAGGAGGUGCGUAGGAAAAUCCGCAAUGCUCUUCUCAAACAGCAUCACCACCAAAACCAGAAGAAACUGGCCAACCGCAUCCCCAUCGUCCGCUCGUUCGCCGACAUCGGAAAGAAGCAGUCCGAGCCACACUCUAUGGAUAAGAACGGUCAGAUGGUGUCUCCUCAGUCCCAGCCGUGCUGCACAGAGGGCCGAGGCGAUGGCAGUCGAGAGAACAGUGCAGUGGACUUCAGUAAGAUAGAUCUCCAUUUUAUGAAGAAGAUCCCACCAGGAGCGGAGGCGUCAAACAUCCUGGUCGGAGAAUUGGAGUUCCUGGAGAAGCCGGUGGUGGCGUUUGUGCGGCUUUCUCCAGCUGUGCUGCUCAACGGUCUGGCUGAAGUCCCCAUCACCACCAGAUUUCUGUUUAUACUGCUGGGGCCGAUGGGAAAAGGACCUCAGUACCACGAGAUCGGACGCUCCAUUGCUACACUAAUGACAGACGAGGUAUUCCACGAUGUGGCGUAUAAGGCGAAGGACCGAAGUGAUUUGGUUGCUGGAAUUGAUGAGUUUUUGGACCAGGUGACAGUGCUACCACCAGGAGAGUGGGAUCCCACCAUCAGAAUAGAGCCACCCAAGAACGUGCCCUCUCAGGAGAAAAGGAAAAUUCCUUCUCUACCUAAUGGAGUGACUGAGCUGGGAGAGACAGAGGAGCAUGGAGGCCAUGGAGGACCUGAAUUACAGCGCACAGGGAAGUUUUUUGGAGGCUUUAUCCUUGAUGUAAAACGCAAAAUUCGGCACUACCUGUCUGACUACACCGAUGCCAUCAGCCUGCAGUGUCUGGCCUCCUUCCUGUUCCUCUACUGCGCCUGCAUGUCUCCUGUCAUCACUUUCGGAGGCCUGCUGGGGGAGGCCACAGAGGGUCGAAUAAGUGCUAUAGAGUCUUUGUUCGGCGCCUCGAUGACUGGGAUAGCGUACUCUCUGUUUGCUGGGCAGCCUCUCACUAUCCUGGGCAGCACUGGUCCUGUCUUGGUGUUUGAGAAGAUCCUCUUCAAAUUCUGCAAGGAAUAUGGACUGUCCUACCUCUCCUUGCGUUUGUGUAUCGGGCUGUGGACGGCUUUCUUCUGCCUAAUCCUGGUGGCCACAGACGCCAGUUCACUGGUGUGCUACAUCACUCGAUUCACAGAGGAAGCAUUUGCUUCACUCAUCUGCAUCAUCUUCAUCUACGAGGCGCUGGAGAAACUAGUGCACCUGGGAGAGACGUAUCCCUUCAACAUGCACAACGACCUCAACAAGCUCACCCAGUACUCCUGUGUGUGCACAGAGCCAAAACAGCCAAGCAACAGCACCCUGCAACACUGGCAGGAGAAGAACAUCACCAGCUCUGAGAUCGACUGGUUAGGUCUGGAUGUCAAGAGCUGUGUGGAGCUCAGGGGCGAGUUCCAGGGCAGUGCAUGCGGCCAUCACGGCCCUUACGUCCCAGACGUUCUCUUCUGGUCCGUCGUCCUGUUCUUCUCCACCGUCGCCAUGUCUUCUUUCCUCAAGGAGUUCAAAACUAGCCGCUACUUCCCCACCAAGGUGAGGGCAAUCAUCAGUGACUUUGCAGUAUUCAUCACUAUCGCCACCAUGGUGGGGAUCGACUUUGCUCUGGGGGUUCCCUCUCCCAAACUGCAGGUCCCCAAUGAAUUUAAACCUACCAGAGAUGACCGCGGCUGGAUCAUCAGCCCUCUGGGACCAAACCCGUGGUGGACAAUCCUCAUCGCCUUCAUCCCAGCAUUGCUUUGCACUAUCCUCAUCUUCAUGGACCAGCAAAUCACAGCUGUUAUCAUUAACAGGAAGGAACACAAGCUGAAGAAAGGCUGUGGCUACCACCUGGACCUGUUUGUGGUGGGUGUGAUGCUUGGAGUGUGCUCAAUUAUGGGACUUCCAUGGUUCGUGGCUGCCACAGUCCUCUCCAUCACACAUGUGAACAGCUUGAAGCUGGAGUCUGAGUGCUCAGCGCCGGGAGAGCAGCCCAAGUUUUUGGGAAUCAGAGAGCAGCGCUUCACCGGCCUCAUGAUCUUCGUCCUCAUGGGCUGCUCUGUCUUCAUGACUUCCGUCUUAAAGUUCAUCCCAAUGCCUGUGUUAUAUGGCGUUUUCUUGUACAUGGGGGCGUCGUCUCUCAGAGGCAUACAGUUCUUUGACCGUCUGAAGUUGUUUGGGAUGCCAGCGAAACACCAGCCGGACUUCAUCUACCUGAGGCAUGUUCCUCUGAGGAAGGUCCACCUGUUCACCAUCAUCCAGCUGAGCUGCCUUGUCCUCCUUUGGGUCAUCAAAACCUCCAGAGCUGCCAUAGUUUUCCCGAUGAUGGUGUUAGCGUUAGUUUUCAUCCGUAAGCUGCUGGACUUCAUCUUCACAAAGAGGGAGCUCAGCUGGCUCGAUGACCUCAUGCCUGAGAGCAAGAAGAAAAAAUUGGAGGAUGCACAGAAAGAGGAGACCCACAGUGUGAUGGUGGAGGAUGAGGGAAUUGUCCAGGUGCCACUUGAAGGGCAUUACAAGGACGACCCGUCCACAGUCAACAUUUCAGAUGAAAUGACCAAGACCUCUUUCGGAAAUAUCUGGAAAAACCUCAAUACUGACAACAGCAAAAACGAUAAAAGCGCAAAAAGCUCCUCUCCUAACCUCCCAGCUGCAGACUUUCCAAAGAUCCCCAGUGACAAACAUCAGGAAUCCUAAGGAAACAGAAGAGGUGAAGGACUGGAACAUUGACAGAGAGACGAGUUUGUGACGUCUCGUGUUGCUUUUAAAAUACAAAAGAGAAGUAUUGUGCCAUCAUAUAGCACUAAUCUAUGUUUUACUGUAGCUCACUGUAUGUAACACUGUGCUUACACUCCAUUCGAAAAUACAUGUUUGUGUGUGUGUGUGUGUGUGUGUGCUGAGUGCCUGAAAAUGUGUGUUUGUAAAGGAGAAAGCUGUGUGUGAGGUAAUUUUACAAGAUAAAUAUAUUCACUUUUAGGAGUUUUACAUUUAAAGCUGCUUUAGUUUUAACCUAGAUGUAUUUUUUAUGUUUUGUAUUUUUGAUUGUAACGUAACUUUUUUCAAUAUCCUUGUCAUACAGAAUUAAAGAUACCUACUUCAUCUCUGAA